AUGUCAAGUGGUUACAAAACACCUAAAAGAAAGCAUAAUCUUGAAUCCAGAGUUUCUCCUCUAAUCCAGAGUCCUCCGGCUACAAUGACAGCAACGACGCCAAUAUCACAAGUGACACCAGAAAUCAACAUCCCUCCAGUACCACCGUCUCAAUUGCCAGUGCUGAAUCAUGGAGAAGCAGAUAACAACACAAUCACUAAAGAGUACCCGUACUCUACAUCUACAGUUACUGCUAACUGGAAUGUCUCAUCCUCUGCUCGACUCUGCCUCCGCCGCUCCAAGUCCAGCCCUCCACUGUUCGCAGCCUCCGCUGACUGCUCAACUGCUCAAGAACUCGGCACGGCGGCACCUCAGGUCCCUAACUCCGGCAUCUUCGCUUCGCAGUCCCCACUCCCCGCAUCUUCAGAAAUCCGAACUUCCAAGAAUCCAAGUUCCAACCCAUCUAAUCUUCGCACUUCGAAGCCUUCACCUCGCGUCCCUCGCGCCUUCCUCGCUGUCGCACUUCCAAGAAUUGCACGCAGAGGCAGUAUCCAGAAGUUAGAAGAUUUUUCCAUUUUGGGACUUUUCUUUUUUCUCCCUUGA